ACCGUACCCGGCCUUACCAGUGUUUUUCUAAGAAAACUUUUCCUAAACUGCACAAAGUUGUUUUUCUGUCUGCAGGGCCGAUUAACUUUCAAGAACGGGCGUGUGUAUGAAGGCGCAUUCUCCAAUGACCACAUAGCCGGGGUUCCAGAUCUUGAAGCUGAAUUCAUCAGCUGCCUGGACCUGUCUCCAGGAGUUGCCCAAAGAUUGUCCAGGAGUGCCGAGCUGAUCAGAAAGCUUGAUGGCAGUGAAAGUCAUUCUGUGUUGGGGUCGAGCAUCGAGCUGGAUCUAAAUUUGCUCCUAGACAUGUACCCUGAGGCAGCCCGACCUGAAGAAAAGAAGCAGGUAGAAUAUGCUGUGUUAAGAAAUAUUACAGAAUUAAGAAGAAUCUACAGCUUUUAUAGCAGCCUGGGAUGCGACCACUCUCUGGAUAAUACCUUUCUGAUGACAAAGCUUCACUUCUGGAGAUUUCUAAAAGAUUGCAGAUUUCAUCACCACAGACUAACUCUUACUGAUAUGGACAGGAUAUUAAGUGCCAAUAAUGACAUACCAGUUGAAGAAAUCCAUUCUCCAUUUACAACAAUACUUCUGAGAACAUUUUUGAAUUACCUCCUGCGUUUGGUGUACCACAUUUAUCACGAAGAAUUCCAAAAGAGAAGCCCAUCGCUCUUCUUGUGUUUUACAAAACUGAUGACCGAGAACAUUCAUCCAAAUGCCUGCCAGAUAAAAGGCAAUUUAUUCCGUGAGCAACAGCGGACGCUCUACUCUAUGAAUUACAUGAAUAAGUGCUGGGAGAUCUAUCUAGCUUACUGCAGACCCCGCGCAGCGCCUCCCCACGAGCCUACGAUGAAGAUGAGACACUUCCUCCGGAUGCUGAAAGUAACCACCUAAGUUCAAUACUGGCUUUCUAUUUACAGGCACUUUGAUUUUAAUUAAAGAGAGGCAAGAUAUUCCAGCUAUGACAUGCAA